AUGGCAAAGAAAGGCCCAGGAAAGACCACUGGUUCAGCCGCUUCCGCCACGAAAUCCAAGCCAAAGACGACUACCAAGGCCAAAACCAAGCCAACCGCACUGCAGACCCAGAUCAGAGAGUCUGACUCCGAGGAAGAGCUUCAAGUUACUGAGUCCAACGGAGGAACAGAUUUUGACAUCGACUGGAAACGCCGCCCCGAGCUUACCCAGCGCAUUAUCGCAAACAUCAAGGAGAUUGCUGUUAUCAAGAACGGCCUUUUCCCAUCCCGUGGGCCCAAUGUGUCGACAGCCAGGGGGGGUGGCAAGAAGAAGGCAGCACAUUACUUCUCAUUGGCAAAGUUGGUGCUAGGUGUUGAGCCGGAGUACAAGAAGGCUAUCGAGGAGGCAGAGAAAGCAAAGCUGGCAGGGGAACGGAACUUUUGGGGAAACAAGAUCAAGAACAGAAUUGCGACGGUCAAGAAAGACACUUCAAAGCACAACAAAGAGCUUGGGAGCACCGGCGAAGGCAUCAAGGACCUCGCAAAUGAGGUUGACAUGAGUCAGAAGAACCACUUCACCAAUAAGCUGCGUGCGUACCUUGUUGUAUACCAUGCUCUCUGGGCUCAUCGUAAUGCAGAGGAGAUCUUGGACCAGUCCCCCUGGUACCUGGAUAUGCGGGAGCUUAUUGGCGAGAGACCAAAUCUUGUUCCCACUGGCAUAGGACAUGGCAGCACUGUGAUCGACGAGUCUGUCCUUGGUAUAGAGCCUUCGACAGAUGCCGACUCGGAGAGCCAGCUGAUGGAUGAUGUUGAUGAUGAUGAAGAGAUCAAGGUCGAGGCUGGGGAAGAGCGGGAGGAGGAGGAGGAAGGGGAUGACACAGCCCGGCAUGCUGACGCGUUGACCAUCGAUGCCACCCUUUCCUUCUUGCACUCCUCAUCUCCUACCCCGCCCCCACGUGUACCAAAACCCAAGCCUGUCGUUGACAUGACUGUCCAGUUUCACGACGAUAUUGAGGAGCUGCCGAAGCCGGAUCCUGAAGUCAGCAGGCAAGAGCAGAAGAAGGGAACAAAUACGAACAAAAAAUCGAAUCCACCCAGGCGUGGGACAUCUCACCCAGCCGCUCCUGCCGCUCCUACACCUGCCAAACCAGCGAAGAAGGCCAAGCUCGCUGAGGUGACGGAAAUGGUGCUUGCCGAGGAAACGACACAUCAAAAGGAGAUCGAGCUUGCUAAAAUCCGCACGCAGGGGCAGAUUGAAGUGGAGCGCAUGAAGAGGGAGGAAAAGCUCAUCAAACUGAGGAUGAAGGAGUUAGAGAUGAAGCAGUUGCACGAACUGCGUCUGAUAAAAGCACGAGGACGUCACGGAGUGCCUAACAAGUAUCAGUAUGCAUCUCCAUCGAUGAUGGAUAGCGCAUCUGGCAGUUCGCCACAUGCCAGCGGCAGCGGCUCAUCCCUUCUUGACGAACUGGGUAGCCUGACUCUUCCACCGCCUGAGUUCAAGUUGGGUAGUGAUCUGGAAUUCAUGUCGGACGCGCAGAGUCAAGUUUCAUCUUCAUCAGAUAUGUCAUACAUAUAUCCGUCAACGUAUUAA